GAGAUCCUCUUCCACAGAGAGGCGCUCUCUCACCAGGUGUCUCCCAGGCCAGCAGGCGCCUCCCUGAGAGCCCCAGCGGGAGCCGGGCAGCCGCAGCCGGAGUCAGUGUCCGGAGCCUCUACUCCAUCACCCUGCCCGGAGCUGCCGCACAGCAGGAGAUGUGGAUAUGGAGCUGGAGAGGAGAAAUACGGGAUGUUUCUGGAUGCUGGAGUGAAGGAUGAAGUGGAGUGGAGGUUUUUUAUUCUUUUCUCACAGUGAUGAACUCAUGAAGUGCGGUUUGGACUGUGUAUACGGAGCUGUGCGCUGGAGAGGCGGGGAUAAUGUCCUGAACUUGAGGAUCUUUCUACAGAUUGAUGGAUUUAUGAACAUGGGGUUGUGAGUAUGGUGUGACUGAAGAGUUGAGGGGAACAUGGGGAUACAAAUGAAGAGAUUGUUUUGUCUGCUGGUGUGUUGUGAACUUUCUUCACUCCUAAACGGGAGUCCAAAUUUGAGCUGUAGAGAUUGUGAGCAGAGCAGCAGCUCUGAGAACCUGUUAAGUUCCAGAACUAGACCUGAAAACCUGCUGAGUUCCAGAACUAGACCGGAUGAGCGGCUGAGUUUUAGAACUAGACUAGAGGACCUGCUGAGUUCCAGAACUAGACCUGAAGACCUACUGGCUUACAGAACCAGCACUAAGGACCUGCUGAGUUCCACAACUAGCCCAGAGGACCUCCCUCAGAGAGAUGCUAGUUAUCUUCAAGCCCAGCGGUCCUCCAGCCGCCCACUCCUGCAGAAGGAGCCAAGUUCACAUCCUCGGCACAAACGUGGAACCAGCACGGACCCUGAGCCCGCCUCAGCAGACCACAGUGAUGCUCAGAAGUUGGUGGAAACCCUCCCUAAGCCCCUCGCCCAGAACCAGUCCACAUUCUCCCCCGGUGACUUCACUCUGGAUAACGGUUUAUUUACUGUACCAGAGGGCGACUACCAAGACUUCACCCCGCUAGUGCCCCUCAGCACCCGGCCCAAGACCCCCGGGGUUAAAAACCCCUUCUACCCGCUCACAGGAGACUCGUACGGGGCGUACGCCAUCAUGUUCAUCUCCAUUAUCAUCUUCACAGUGGGGAUAAUCGGAAACAUAGCAAUCAUGUGCAUAGUCUGCCAUAAUUACUACAUGCGGAGCAUUUCCAACUCGCUGCUCGCCAACCUGGCCCUGUGGGAUUUCCUCAUAGUCUUCUUCUGUUUACCUCUGGUGAUCUUUCAUGAGCUCACCAAGGACUGGCUGCUCGGAGAGUUCUCCUGUAAAAUAGUUCCUUAUAUUGAGGUGGCUUCCCUGGGCGUAACUACCUUCACUCUCUGCGCCCUGUGUAUCGACCGGUUCCGUGCGGCCUCCAACGUGCAGAUGUAUUACGAGAUGAUUGAGAACUGUGCCUCCACUGCGGCUAAACUCGCAGUCAUCUGGAUAGGAGCUCUGCUGCUGGCUCUGCCUGAGCUAUUGAUUCACCAGCUGGUGAGAGAGGAGCGCGAGCCCCCGGAGGUGACCCCCUGCGAGCGCUGCGUGGUCCGCAUCUCCACCGCACUUCCGGACACUCUGUAUGUUUUGGGCCUCACCUACAAUGGCGCCCGUCUCUGGUGGUAUUUUGGUUGCUACUUCUGCCUGCCCACCAUCUUCACUAUUAUCAGCUCGGUGGUAACGGCGCAGAAGAUCCGCAAGGCUGAGCGAGUCAGUGUGCGGGGGAACCGUAAGCAGAUCCAGCUGGAGAGCCAGAUGAACUGUAUGGUGGUGGCACUGGCCAUCCUCUACGGCUUCUGUGCCAUUCCUGAAAACAUCUGCAACAUCAUGUCCGUGUACAUGGCGGCGGGGGUGCCGCGCCGCACCCUGGAUAUUAUGCACCUGGUCAGUCAGAUGCUGCUGUUCUGCAAGUCAGCGGUCACACCGGUGCUGCUGCUGGCCUUAUGCAAACCCUUCGGUAGAGCUUUCCUGGACUGCUGCUGCUGCUGCUGGGAGGAGUGCGGCCCACCAAAGUCGUCCACGGCCACCAGUGACGAUAAUGAACACGAGUGCACCACAGAACUGGAGCUUUCACCCUUCAGCACCAUGCGCAGGGAAACAUCUACCUACACUGCUGCAGGCACACACUGCUAGGGUUCUUUUAUCCUACCUAUGCCCUAUGGAGUGUCCCACCCAUAGGACUCUGUAUAAAGGGCUCUGAUCCUCUGAACAAACCAAGUGAGACAUACACAGUUUCAUACUGCUUCACACUAAGUUAGAAAUGAUGAACUCUUAUUAUUUUUUUUAUUUUUUUGAAGGGAAGGAAAAGGGAGCAUACUGGCAACACACAGAGUACUUUAUCAUAUCUCUUUACUAUAGGGACAAAAAGCCAUGCAUUUAUUCGAGGUCCAGAGGGUGUUACAACUGUAAGCGUCCACUGCUGUUUACAGGAGGAAAUCACGAGCGUUACCUUUAGUUUAAGUUCAGUUCAGUGAUUGUUAAUUGUGAAUUAACACACCUUUAUUGUUUUUGCACACUUGUCUUACACAGUGUUUUAUUUCUAUUUAAAUGGAAUGUUUACAUCUUUAGUUCAAUGAAACAUUACAUUAUUAGUAUCUUUGAGUUUUAUGGAAAAUAAGAAAGUGAAAAAGUCUGUUAGUAAAUGUGUUGUGUCGUAAAAAAAAGAAAAGAAAAUGGUGAUUCUUAUGAAUCAGUUCAAAGUGAAACCUGGCUCCCUUGCUAUGUAAGUAUUAUUAUGUUUACUCUGUAUUUGAUAGCAGAAAAAAUGAUAUCAUGCACUUCAGUUGGCAUUAUAAAGCACUGAUAAAGCUGUUGUUUUAGCUCAAAUAUCACUUUAAUAAAAACAAAACAACAAAAAAA